AAGUAUUAGCAAAACUAUGUGUGCAUCUUCACUACGCAAUAAUUACAGAGCAAAAGAGAAAAAGGAGCCAACACCAACACCAACACCAACACCAACACCAACACCCGUAGCCUGCUCAAAUCUCCAUUCCACCUCUCCUCCUUCAAUCCCCUCUCCCUCUCUCUCACACACAGUCGCAAACGCAAUCAGACAACUGGAAGUGCGCUUUUCUGCUUUCAAUUGCAAUUGGAGUUGGAAUUCAAAGUGUGGCGGUUAGUAAUGCGAAGGAGACCCAAAAUCCAACCAACUGUUGCCACAAAAUCCAAGUGGAGCUGCGAUUUUUUAUGAUUUUCAACCGAGACAAAUUCACAAGUAUAUGGCGGGUGAGUUCAACCCCGGAUUUCAACAUCACGGCGCGCUCUACGAAUCUGGCGCCGGGGGGAUUAGCAGCGGCAGCAGCGGCGGCUCCGCAGGGUAUGACCUAGCUCCCAUGCCUAAUUACUACAUUAACCCCGGGGGAAGCUUGAAUUUGGGCGCAGUCGAUUGCUCUUCCGGGGGGAUGCAGUAUUUCUCAGCGCAGAACAACUCCCCGGGCCCUUCCACGUCCCCGCUUUUGCUGGACUCGGUGCCGGGGUUGAAGCACGACACGGGGCUGGCGGUGGAGUGGUCUGUCGAGGAACAGUAUAAGCUUGAGGAAGGUCUGGUCAAGUAUGCGAAUGAGCCCCAUAUUCUGCAGUAUAUUAAGAUAGCUGCCUACCUCCAGGAAAAAACUGUACGUGAUGUUGCUCUUCGGUGUAGAUGGAUGAUGAGAAAGCGAAGGAAACAGGAGGAUCCAAGCUUCGGGAAGAAAAUGAAGCACAGGAAGGAUACACUAAUGGAGGCAUCUCUGAAGAAUAAUGUCCCUUCAUCUCCAACGGUGAACUUGCCUGGAUAUUCUUUACCUUCAAACCAUCAUAACCAAAGUGGUGAUUACAUAUUUUCAGGAGUACUUAGUUCCAGAGCCAGGCAUCUAUUGGAAGAAAAUAACCAUGCUUUUGGUCAAAUAUCUGCAAAUCUUUCAACUCUCAAGUUGCAGGAAAACAUUGAUCUCUUUUUCCAUACGAGGAACAACUUAACGACAGUUUUGAAUGACAUGAAAAACAUGCCUGGGAUUAUGAGUCAAAUGCCACCACUUCCUGUUCUCUUAAAUGAGGAACUUGUUUGUAGUAUUUUUCCAUAUUCAUCUCAGCGCAUGACAUUUGGUGCUUCAAGUUCAAUACCUCUGAAGCAGGAGCCAGGAUGCUGAUGACCAUUUAUAACUCGGGUCACACCAGCUUUUAGCAUACAUCUCCAGGAGAAAUAGCGUAUUAUGCCUCGUUUAUAAUUGGUUUUGGAGAUAUUUGAAGGCGUGGAUUGUUUUUGGUGGAGGUGCAACAGAUGCAGAUGGUCGCAAAGAAACAAGCCGCCUUGUUUUGGACCAUGAGAUGAGACAGUGCCUUGUUUUCAGAGAGAACUAGUUAGCUACCGCUGCAGCCCGCCUUCUUCUACAUGUAAAUGUGAAAUACUAGAAACUAGCAUUUGACAGAAAGUUAUGCUUAUCAAAUAUGCAGCCACCCAUUCAAUCAUGGUUCUAUUGAAGUUGUAAUUUAUUCCCAAUAAAAUUGUUUAGUCUGAUUUUGGAUGAGAUUUCAUCAAUGAGAAGGAAAAUUGAUUCAA